AUGGACAGCGGAUAUGCCUGCCUGCUUGAACUGGACCCCAACACAGCAAACAAAUACCUGUCUCUGUCUGAGGGGAACACAAAGGUAACGAGGGAGAAAAGCAAGCAGCCACAUCCUCAUCACCCCGACAGGUUUGAUGGCCCUAACCAGGUGCUGUGCAGUGAGGGUCUGUCUGGAACUCGCUGUUACUGGGAGGCUGAGUGGUGUGAAUCUGAAGUCCACUUAGGGGUGACCUACAAAGACAUCUGCCGGAAAAGUGCCAGUGAUGAAAGCCUCCUGGGACACAAUGAAAAUUCAUGGAGUUUAUGUUUUGGAGAAAAGUGCUCUGUAUGGCACAAGGUGAAAAUCGCAGAGAUACCUGCCCCUCCUUCCAACUCAGGGAGAGUAGGAGUGUACCUGGACUGGCCAGCCGGCACUUUGUCUUUCUACAGCGUGUCCUCUGGCACAGUGAGACAUCUGCACACUUUCCACACCACUUUCACUAAACCCCUCUACCCUGGCUUUAGGGUGUGGUCCGGCUCUGUGAAACUGUGCCCUGGAGGAACGCCUGCAUCCUCCUAG